AUGGUUCUCCAUCGGGCCAUCCAGGCUGCUCGAGGGGGGGAUGUUGCACUCCUGAGGGAGCUGGCAUCUGCCGGUCACCUCUCACCUACCAUUACUGAUGUUCAAGGUGCAUGCCCGGUGCACCAUGCGGCGAGGUGUGGACGCCUGGAGUGCCUGCAGUUUCUGGUGAUGGAGCUGGGCCUGUCAGCUGACGCCCGGGCCUCCAACCAGGCCACACCUGCACACGAUGCAGCCGCUACAGGGCACGUCCGGGAGCUGCAGUGGCUGGUAGAACUGGGAGGCUGCAGCAUUGAGGACAGGGAUGCAGCCGGUGCCACUGUGCUUCACCUUGCGGCGCGGUUCGGUUGUGUGGAGGUCAUUCAGUGGCUGCUCUCUGUUGGAGGAGCGACUGAGGGGAAGACCAACUGUGGAGCUGUACCUGCUCACUACGCUGCAGCCAAUGGGGACCUCACCUGUUUAAAACUGCUUGUUCAACACGCACCACGAUGUGUGAACCAGCAGACGGUCCUCGGUGCCACCCCGCUCUACCUGGCCUGCCAGGAGGGCCAGCUGCACGUUGCAGAGUACCUGGUGAAUGACUGCGGGGCCGAUGUCCGCCUGAGGGCCCACGAUGGCAUGACCUGCCUGCAUGCUGCUGCUCACAUGGGCCACCAGGCUGUGGUGGUGUGGCUGGUGAGCCGUACUGCUGUCAGUCUGUCUGGCCAGGACCGGUACGGAGCCACUGCUCUGCACUUUGCUGCCAGCAGAGGGCACUAUUGCAUCUUGGAGAGGCUGCUUCACAUGGGUUCAAAGGUCAUCAAGGAUUACUGGGGAGGGACCCCACUUCAUGACGCUGCAGAAAAUGGAGAGCUGGAGUGUUGUAAAAUCCUGUUGGCCAAUCAAGCAAACCCCUCGGACCAGGACAUUGAUGGGUUUUCAGCCGCAGACUUGGCGGAGUACAAUGGACACCAUGAAUGUGGCAGACAUCUCCGUGCCAUGGAAAUAAAUACAGCCGGUGCAAAGAAGCCCACCCAGGUGAGAGUGGAGGAGGAGGUGAAGGUGAAGCCGGCUGUGGUGCUGCAGUGCCGCAGGGAGGAUUACUACGGCAGCCUAAGUGACCCAUGUAGGGACAGCUACAGCACUAACACACCCAUGGACAGUUUAAAGCAACCCGAGAGUGAGGAAUCCCCGCAGGCCAGAUACCCUCAGUCCCCCCCUGCACCCCCCUUACCUGCUCCAUCCUCUCCUGCCAAGCCAGGGAAAAGCCUUAACAGCAGAAUAUUGCACGUUCAAUUUGCAACAUCUGUUUUUAAAGGUUUCAAUGGGCCCAAGGUGUCUGGGAGUCCGAAAUCUGCCCCUGCUGAUAGGACGAUGUUGCCUGACACUAACCUCCUGGCUGGAAGGAAGCUUCUUGGGGACAUGAAAUCCAUUAAAUCCUUAAAACAAUCGGGGAUAUCAGGAACGUUCACUGGACAGGCAAACAAGAUGGUGGUCCUGCCCACUGAGGAGGCCAACUUGUCCGACAUCGACUACUUGGUGCCCACUCAUGACGAGAGAGGCCGGCCCAUCGCUGAGUGGAAGAGGCAGGUGAUGGGGAGGCAGCUGCAGGCCAGACUGCUGGAUGAGGAGGACCAGAGGAGGAAGGAAAAUGGGAACCGAUAUGCCAAAGUCAGCUGGAGGUAUUCCCAAGCCCACAACGCCAUCCUGGGGCCCUCUGGUGAGCUGCUGACUGAGGAUGACCUCAUCUAUCUGGAGCAGCAGAUUGCCAACGUCUCCUUGCAGAGGAACUGUGAAGGCUACGAGAUGGAGCUCGCUCGUCUAGCUGAGGAGCUCCGGCACAUUCUGCCCGCCCCCAUAGUGAACAUCACAGUCAACACACAGUUCAGGAACUUCUCGAGUCAAGUUCCUCUACCAGUGUGGUGUAGCCGCAUCUCGGGCAUCGUGAAAAGCAUGUCUCUGCUCAUGACCAACCUGACCGACCAGCCCUACUGUAAGAUGCCCAACACCGAGCUCAUAUCAGUCUUCUCUCAGACGCCAGACAGACAGAACUCCACCAGGGGCCGCAGGGAGAGGAUAGAGGAUGAGAUCCAUCAGUUUGGUGUGUCUGUGAGGACUCUGAAGUAUAAUUUUGAGACAGAGAACUCACCUUCGGGUGAGCCAGAGGAGGCUGUUGUGUUGUGUUCUCCCACACAACCUGAGGCCACUGAGUCAGACACAAAUCCUAAAGUCCUGCGUCCAGCCCCAGAGACAGACCAGAACAGCGACUCCGGCAUUGACUAUGAUGCGAAUGUUUCAGAUGUUCUAGAGACCACCAGCCUCAGAAAGGAGCGUAUAGUGGUGCUGUUCUUAGGCCACUGGAAGAAGUCGGCCUACACCGUGACACUGAAGAGUAAGGACGCAGCAGAGAGGAAGAUGAGCGUUGGAAACCCGGGGACAGGCAACACACCAGGGCUGGGUCGCAGGACGAGCGUGGAGAGCGCCCAGUCCAACAUGAUGAACAGCUCUCUGGGACACUUCUUCAAGCAGAGGAGCGCUGUCAACAAGAUGCUGGGGAACUGGAGGAGCAUGAUCUCCAGUGUCCCGUCCAGACAAAUACGCAGGCUCCACAGGCAGCAGGCUCUCUACUCCCCCGAGCAGUUCCUCCCUCGUCUGGACGGUGUGCUGGUGGAGUACGACAACCUGACUCUGGACCUCUUCAUGCUGGGAUACUUCCACAUCCUGGAGUUGGAGCUUCCUGUGGACGAACGCAAAAUGAGACACCUGCUGUGUUUCGAGGUGUUCGACCACGUGGGGAGCUUUCCCUGGGAGCUGGUCCGGGACUUCCAUAAGGCCGUCAUCCAGGACAUUGAGGCUGGGAACCGCGAGUGGAAGGACGGCUUUGAGGACAUGAAAGUGAAGUUUUUUGGAAACACUGUAAGUCAGCCUGAAAGCGCUGUAGAAGUGGUGAAACACAUCCUCCCAGAGGUUAGACAGGUCCCUAAGGUCAUUGUGCAGACACCUACGCCUGACGAGGGGAUGCUGCAGAGCGGAACUGACAUUUCCAGUUUUAGCAAUGAAGAAAUCUGUAAAUACAUCGACCGCAGUUUUGCUUUUUGGAAAGAGAAAGAGGCAGAGAUUUUUGAUUUUGAGUAGUGUCAUCUUUUUGAUAUUUUUCUAUUGUUUGUAGUUGCGUAACAUUAGGGCUGGGUAUCAAAUGUAAAACAUACUGCUUGAAUUCAAUUUUGGUUGCUGUUGCAAAAGUCAACGAUCAAGUCUAGAAAGUUAUCAUGGAGUACUUAGCCAGGAUUUUGCCAUGUUUAUUCAGAUCUGACCUGAUUUUACUUAUAAUUUUGUAGAUUUUAUACUGUGUUUUAUUGUGUUAAAACCAUUCAACUCCAACAUUGAUGCAUUUUAGAGGUUUGGACUUUGGUUGUUGAAUUUAUAAAACCUUUGUUUGUUUAUAAAUUGGAAAAAAUGGCAUCUGGUAGAUAUUUUGGAACUGCUAUCAAAUUGGUGAUUAAUUUCAAACCAUACCCAGCCCUAUUAUGAAAGCCAGAGUAGAGUGUGUUUUCCUGAGAGUCAGCAUGAAACUUUGAUCUGGCAGAGACGGCCCAGUUCAUUAUUACAAAAUCACCCUUACAUUGACCUUGAUUAUUCAUUAUUAACUUGCUGUAAAGACUUAUUUCACUAAUAUUAUGUCUUCUUUUCAUUUCUUACCUUUUUGACAUGGAUGGAUUACUGAAUGGGCCUACUGGGCAAAAAGAAUCAGGGAUCCCCUUGACCCUCACUUGCAAAAUGUCCCUCAAAGAGACAAAUACUAAGCAGGAAGACUCAAAAAUACCAAAUAAUAAAUGUAAAACCACUUCAAAGAUAGACCAAACAGCAGCGAAGAGACAUAAAGAGAGUUACACCAAUGGGUAAUGACUACAAAGAGUCACAAAACAGCAACACAAAUAGGCUUUAGGACUCUAAAAUCUAAUGUCUGUGCCGAGAGGCCCAAUGACUCAUAACCCACCCAUGGAUUUUCUGGUAUAAAACUUCUUUGGCUCAUGCCGAUAAUUGUUUUGCAGUUAUUUUAACAAUAAAACUGUGAAAAAAAUUAAAAAUCUGCUGAUUGUGGAAGACCUUCAAGCCGCCUGCCUCCUCUGUGUGUAUAAGCAUGUCCCCCUGCACUAAAUCAAACCAGGACCAAGCUGACCUGGAACACUGAGUCACAGUAAGCUGUUUACCAUGUCUGUCAGUCAAUAGAGGGCUCAAAUAGUUACAUAUGAACAUGUACAUUCAGAUACUCAAUGUCUUUCAAUAUAACAUCGCAAACUUUGCAUUGCAAUUAAGAUUUCUACA